AUGACAUCCCAUUAUCAACCAUUAUUCCGCGAGGAUUGUAACCGAUAUCCCUAUAUCGGCAGAGUAUCCGUAGAAGAGAAAAAUAGUACUGACUUUAUCUAUCAAUUUGUGAAAAACAGAUAUACUUAUAUGUACGAGAAUAUUAGCAUAUAUGUUACUGCUCCUGACAUAAUUGGACCACCCAAAUUUUCAAACUAUGGAGAACUGGUUCAUUUACCAUUUUUCAUUGGAAGAAAAUUGAGAACUAAUAAAGGUGUCGAUAUCUCAACAUCUCCGUGGCAAAACAAAGAACCUAUGAGACAGCUUGAUUUUAUAUAUUGCAGCGCGUAUUCGAGUGAUUCGAGUGAUUCGAGUGAUUCGAAUAUUGAGUUCCAUGAAGCUGUAUAUCCAAUCAAAGUGUCUAUUUACGAAAUAUAUAAUCCUGGUAACGUAAUUCAAAUUUUGGCUCAAGAUCCUCUUAAUAAGUGGAUUCAGUUGUGGAAUGGACCGUCUAAGACUAUGCACCCGACAUCAAGAUUAUUUUCCCCACCCUUAUCGCAUCCGUGCAAGUUCAAAACCAAAAUGCUUAGACUAGUGUUUAAAAACAGUAUUCCUGAAUCUCACACAAAGAUAGAUGCUGUGAUGCUUAUUGGUACAUCAGAUUUGAUCCUUCCUAGAAAUCCUAACAAUAGUUUAAAUGAGGUGUUAACACUAAUUCACUCCAUGUAUUCUGCAUAUCAUGAGGAUAAUAAUUUAACAGCAGAUUUAAGAAAUGUGCAUCUAGAUAUAGUCCAUCUGCAAGAGAAUUUUCCGAUAUGGAAACUUUUCAAGUCAAAAUCUCUGAUGGUGAUGUGCAACCUCUUGGACUGA